UGGCUUGGGGAAAAGGGGGUGGAGGGGAAAGAUGGCGGCGCACCUGUCCUACGGGCGAGUGAACCUGAACGUGCUGCGCGAGGCGAUGCGUCGCGAGCUGCGCGAGUUCCUGGACAAAUGCGCGGGAAGCAAGGCAAUAGUUUGGGAUGAGUACCUAACAGGACCUUUUGGGCUGAUUGCACAGUAUUCACUACUGAAGGAACAUGAAGUGGAAAAAAUGUUCACACUUAAAGGAAGUCGCUUGCCAGCAGCUGAUGUCAAGAAUGUUAUUUUUUUCGUCAGACCCAGGCUAGAAUUGAUGGAUAUCAUUGCUGAAAAUGUGCUCAGUGAAGACAGACGAGGCCCAGCGAGAGAUUUCCAUAUUUUGUUUGUGCCGCGUCGCAGCUUAUUGUGUGAGCAGCGGUUGAAGGAUCUGGGUGUUUUGGGAUCCUUUAUUCACAGGGAGGAAUAUAGCCUGGAUCUCAUUCCAUUCGAUGGGGAUCUCUUAUCCAUGGAAUCAGAAAGCGCGUUCAAAGAAUGCUACCUGGAGAGCGACCAGACGAGCCUCUUCCACGCCGCCAAGGGGCUGAUGACCCUGCAGGCGCUGUAUGGAACCAUCCCCCAGAUCUUUGGGAAGGGAGAGUGUGCACGGCAAGUGGCCAAUAUGAUGAUGAGGAUGAAGAGAGAAUUUACUGGAAGCCAAAAUUCGAUAUUUCCUGUUUUUGAUAAUCUCUUGUUGCUUGAUCGCAAUGUGGAUUUAUUAACACCUCUUGCCACUCAGCUUACGUACGAGGGACUCAUUGAUGAAAUCUAUGGCAUCCAGAACAGCUACGUGAAAUUGCCGCCCGAGAAAUUUGCACCUAAAAAGCAGGGCGAUAGUGCUAAGGAUCUGCCCACCGAAGCAAAGAAGCUUCAGCUGAAUUCUGCCGAGGAGCUGUAUGCUGAGAUCCGAGAUAAAAACUUCAACGCCGUGGGCUCCGUGCUUAGCAAAAAAGCGAAGGUCAUCUCUGCGGCGUUCGAGGAAAGGCACAAUGCUAAAACGGUUGGGGAGAUUAAGCAGUUCGUUUCCCAGCUGCCUCACAUGCAAGCAGCAAGAGGCUCCCUGGCAAACCAUACCUCGAUUGCAGAGUUAAUCAAAGAUGUUACUACUUCUGAAGACUUCUUUGAUAAGUUAACAGUGGAGCAAGAAUUUAUGUCUGGAAUAGAUACUGAUAAGGUCAACAAUUACAUUGAAGAUUGCAUCGCCCAGAAGCACCCCUUGACCAAGGUGCUGAGACUGCUCUGCCUGCAGUCAGUGUGCAAUAGUGGGCUCAAACAGAAGGUUCUGGACUACUACAAAAGAGAAAUUCUCCAGACUUACGGCUAUGAGCACAUCCUGACCUUACACAACCUGGAGAAGGCUGGGCUGCUGAAGCCGCAGGCAGGGGGCAGAAACAAUUACCCAACCAUUCGGAAGACACUGCGGCUCUGGAUGGACGAUGUUAAUGAACAGAAUCCCACGGACAUAUCCUACGUGUACAGCGGUUAUGCACCUCUCAGCGUGCGGCUGGCCCAGCUGCUCUCCCGGCCCGGCUGGCGGAGCAUCGAGGAAGUCCUCCGCAUCCUCCCGGGGCCCCACUUCGAAGAACGGCAGCCAUUGCCCACAGGACUGCAAAAGAAACGUCAACCAGGAGAAAACCGAGUCACGCUGAUAUUUUUCCUCGGGGGUAUAACUUAUGCUGAAAUUGCUGCUUUACGGUUUCUCUCCCAGCUGGAAGACGGAGGCACAGAGUAUGUAAUUGCGACCACUAAACUGAUGAAUGGGACCAGCUGGAUAGAGUCUCUAAUGGAAAAACCUUUCUAGAGUAUUCAAAGUAGACUUAGCAAGUGGACUCCAGGAUAAACUGCCCCUUUGAAGAAGUUGCUAACAGGAAGUGAGACACCAUAGAAGACUAACACAAGAAUACGCAAUUUACUGUGCGGUCACCUUCUUCAAUUUUACUGAUGUUUUCUCCUUUCUGCUCCUCUUUUGUGUUUCUAAUUUCUUGGAGAAAGAAGAGAAGGGAAUCAACCUGGGUAUAAGAAACAUCAGUUUUUAAUUUUCUAAGUUCAGGAUCCUCCUUAGAAGCCUCUGGAAAUACAUUAAGGAUUGUGGGUAUAGAUAAUCCAUACAGCUGCACAAAUUGGGGCAGUUCUCAAAACGAGAAAGCAGGAACUGAGGAAGUAAAAAUAAAAGUGAAAAUUAAAAGUGCA